GUGAGUAGCAGUGAAGGGCAUCCACCAGAAGCUCGUGCUGUAAACAACUAGUACAGGGCGAAUGGCGGAGGAGGUGAAGUUGCUGGGGAGAAGGUUGAGCCCCUUCUCCACCAGGGUGAGGAUCGCCUUGAACCUCAAGGAAGUAGCGUACGAGUUCGUGACGGUGGAGAUUUUUGGGCAGAAGAGCGAGAUCCUGCUCGAGUCCAACCCUGUGUACAAGAAGAUCCCUGUCCUCAUCCACCAUGGCAAGCCCAUCUGCGAGUCCAUGAUCAUCCUUCAGUACAUCGACGACUUUUGGGCCCGCAACCCGUCCAUCCUCCCUUCCCACCCCUACGACCGCGCCAUUGCUCGCUUCUGGGUCACCUACCUCGAUAACAACCUACUUAUUACGAUCUGGGGCAUGUUAAUGGCUGCGGGCAAGGAGGCGGCCAAGGAAGCAGCAGGGCGAGCAGCAGAAAUUCUUCAGACGCUGGAAGAGGCCUUCAAACAGUGCAGCCAAGGGAAGGACUUCUUCGGAGGGGACGCCAUUGGCUACUUGGACAUCGCACUGGGGAGCUUCUUGGGACCGCUGAAGGCGGGGGAGAAGCUGAGCAAUGUGGAGAUUUUGGACGAGAAGAAGGUUCCUCUGUUGGUGGGAUGGGCGGAGCGUUUCAGCAAGCAAGACGCUGUGAAGGAAGUUUUGGCAGACGCCGAGGAGUACAUCGAAAUGAUCCGAUCGAUGAAUGACGGCGUCCCUACUGUCUGAAUUACCUCUCUCUCUCUCUCUCUAUAUAUAUAUAUAUAUAUGUGCGUGUGUGUGAUGGAAUAAGAUGCGUGUUGGAUUUUUGAACUUUAGAAGAGGGUGAAAAAACUCUUUAAAAAAAGUUGACAAUUGUUAUAUUUUA